AUGAAUUUUAUUAGCUGUCCACAACCUGUCAACAGCUCCCAACUCGUAGAUGUUGGUGCUGAGUGUGGUCUCAACGUGUCGGAUACAGACAAGCACAUGUACAUAGGGUAUCUAACUGACGAUGAGGUGACAACGUGGCCAUCUAAGUUAAUGGACAAUUGUACUAUACACUUGCAAGUGACGAUGCAAGAGCCAAGUGGUGAUGUGUAUAUUGACAAAGGGAAUCUUACUCUUUCACAAGUCCACAGAUUUUUGGCCAAUGGGUCUACACUUUCUUGGGCCAGUGCCCUUUGCGGUGGCGAGUGUCCAUACUGUAAGAGUGAUGGACUCACUGUAAGAUGUUCCGGAGGUCAACAGUGUCAUUUUGGCACGAUUACGAGUUUUUGGUGCGGUAAGAACUUGACCGGUUGCGCUUGGAUAUGA